AUGCAUCAUGUCCUUGCUACCCUCAGGGAUAAUAUCGAUCAUUGUAUCAGCUCACAUCAUCGUUCUACAUCAAGCGCCACCAUGACUGAGGAGCACUUGAACUUCCUCCUCCUGAAUCUCCAUCAUCUAUCCAAGCAUCGUGCUGAAAAGAUGUUUCCUGGAGUGACUCAAUAUGAGCUUCUUCAGAAUGUAUGUGGCAACGUAAGAGAUUUCCAUGGGUUGAUAGUGAAUGGUUGCAUUAUGCAUGAGAUGGUUGAGAAUGUCUUACCUCUGUUUCGUCUCAUGGCUGAGAGACUAGAUGAGGAUGAUGAAACUGAUGAAGACUCUCAAAUCUCCGAGCUAGAUGAGGAUGAUCAGAAUGAUAGAGACUCUCGACUCUUCAAGCUAGCACAUCUACUCUUGAAGAUUGUUCCAACUGAACUGGAGGUUAUGCACAUAUGUAAUACAAAUUUGAAAGCUUCAACUUCAGCAGAAGUUGGACGCUUCAUUAAGAAGCUCCUGGAAACUUCUCCGGACAUUCUCAGAAAAUAUUUGAUUCAUCUACAAGAGCAUAUGGUAACUGUUAUCACCCCUAGCACUUCAGGGGCUCGAAACAUUCAUGUCAUGGUGGAAUUCCUAUUGAUUAUUCUUUCUGAUAUGCCUAAGGACUUUAUUCAUCAUGACAAACUUUUUGAUCUCUUGGCUCGUGUUGGAGCACUUACCGGGGAGGUAUCAACUCUUGUACACGACUUGGGAGAGAAAUUAAGGAAUAAAGAGGAUGUGGCAUAUGAGGCAAAAGAUGUCAUUGAUUCAAUUAUUGUUCGAGAUAAUGGUCUCUUACAUCUUAUUUUCUCACUUCCCAUUACCAUAAAAAGGAUCAAGCUUAUCAAAGAAGAUAUCUCCAAUUUACAUGAGAAGAUUCCCGAAAAUAGAGGUCUCAUCGUUGUGAACUCUUCCAAGAAGCCCAUUGAGAGCAAAUCAUUGACAACUGGUAAAAUAAUUGUAGGUUUUGAGGAAGAGACAAACUUGAUACUUAGAAAGCUCACCAGUCAAUCGGCAGCUCUAGAUGUCAUUUCAAUCACUGGUAUGCCGGGUUCAGGUAAAACUACUUUGGCGUACAAAGUAUACAAUGAUAAAUCAGUUUCUAGCCAUUUCAACCUUCGUGCGUGGUGCACGGUCGACCAAGGAUAUGACGAGAAGAAGUUGUUGGAUAAAAUUUUCAAUCAAGUUAGUGACUCGGAUUCAAAAUUGAGUGAGACUAUUGAUGUUGCUGAUAAGCUACGGAAACAACUGUAUGGAAAGAGGUAUCUUAUUGUCUUAGAUGACGUGUGGGAUACUACUACAUGGGAUGAGUUAACAAGACCUUUUCCCAAUGAAGAAAGUUGGGAGUUAUUAGAGAAAAGGGCAUUUGGGAACGAGAGUUGCCCUGAUGAACUAUUGGAUGUUGGAAGGGAAAAGAAAAAGACAGUGUGGCUUGAAGUUCGAAAUAAUUUGAGUUCCUUUAUUUUGAACAGUCAAGUGGAAGUGAUGAAGGUUAUAGAAUUAAGUUAUGACCAUUUGCCACAUCACCUAAAGCCAUGCUUUCUUUACCUUGCGAGUUUUCCGAAGGACACUGCAAUCAUAAGCUCUACGUUGAAAGAUUUUUGGCGUGCUGAAGGACUUGUGGAACAGGCAGAGAUGAAGAGUGUGGAAGAAGUGAUGAAGGUUUAUUUGGAUAACUUAAUUUCCAGUAGCUUGAUAAUUCUUUUCAAUGAGAUAGGUGAUGACCCGACCUGCCAACUUCAUGAUCUUGUGCAUGACUUUUGUUUGACAAAAGCAAGAGAGGAAAAGUUGUUUGAUUUGAUAAGUUCAAAUGACUUUCCAGAUUUGUUGCCGCGUCAAAUUACCAUUGAUGAUGAGGAGCACUUUGGGCUUAACAAUUUUGUCCUGUUUGAUUCAAAUAAGAAAAGGCAUUCUGGUAAACACCUCUAUUCUUUGUGGAUAAAUGGAGACAAGCUGGAUGACACUGUUUCUGAUACAUUUCACAUAAGACACUUGAGGCUUCUUAGAGUGUUGUACCUGCAUCCCUCUUUUAUCAUGGUGAAUGAUUCUUUGCUGAAUGAAAUAUGCAUGUUGAAUCGUUUGAGGCUCUUAAGAAUUGCGACAAAAGUUAAAUAUCUACCUUUGUCUUUCUCAAACCUGUGGAAUCUAGAAACUCUGUUGUUGGAUAACGAAGGAUCAACCUUGGUACUAUUACCGAGAAUUUGGGAUCUUGUAAAGUUGCGAGUGCUGUCCGUGAGUGCAUGUUCUUUCUUUGAUUUGUAUGCAGAUGAAUCAAUACUGAUAGCAGAGGACACAAAGUUAGAGAAGUUGAGAAUGUUAGGGCAACUCAUGCUUUCCUAUUCGAAAGAUACAGAGGAUAUUUUCAAAAGGCUUCCCAAUCUUCAACAUCUUGGAUUUGAUCUCAAGGAAUCAUGGGAUUAUUCAACAGAGCAAUUUUGGUUCCCGAAAUUGGAUUCCCUAACUGAACUAGAAGGCCUCACUGUAGGUUUUGAAAGAUCAAACACAAAUGACAGUGGGUCCUCUGCAGCCAUAAAUCGGCCGUGGGAUUUUCACUUCCCUUCGAGUUUGAAAAGAUUGUGGUUGAAUGAAUUUCCUCUGACAUCCGAUUCACUAUCAAUAAUAGCGAGACUGCCCAACCUUGAAGAGUUGACCCUUUAUCGUACAAUCAUCCAUGGGGAAGAAUGGAGCAUGGGAGAAGAAGACACCUUUGAGAAUCUCAAAUGUUUGAAGUUGAAUCAAGUGACUCUUUCUAAGUGGGAGGUUGGAGAGGAAUCCUUUCCCACGCUUGAGAAAUUAAAACUGUCGGGAUGUCGUGAUCUUGAGGAGAUUCCAUCUAGUUUUGGGGAUAUUUAUUCAUUGAAAAUUAUCAAACUUGUAAGGACCCCUCAACUUGAAGAUUCCGCUCUUAAGAUUAAGGAAUAUGCUGAAGAUAUGAGGGGAGGGGACGAGCUUCAGGUCGUUGGCUGGAAAAAUAUCCCGUUAUUGAAGUAG